UCAUCCUAACAGUUUCAACAGGUGAAUACGUAUUGCACAGUGCCCAGCAACCUCUUACAUACUGUCGCUCAUCCCUUUCGGUCGACGCACACUUUCCAAAGGACUUCACGUUAUAAGUAAGCUAACCAAGAAGGCAUCAAAAUGAGGUGGCCAGCUAUUGCAUGGUUCGUGGUCGUGGUAGCAGUGGUGGUACUUCAGGGUAAUUGGGCGGCUAGGGCUGCCCCCAGUCCACGCAACGAAGAUAUGUUCAGGGAGCUGCUGAAGUUGGAUCAGAUGUAUUCGUCCAUAGCCAGACCGAGUGUGCGAAGCGGGCCCGUCCAAGGCGAAAUGGGUCCGAAAGUUCAGCGCGCCAUCAACAUGCUUAGGCUUCAGGAGCUCGAUAGGCUGUACGCGGACAGAGCUAGACCUAGAUUCGGCAAACGGGCACAGAGCAAUUCCAAUUUCGCCGCUAUCGACUACGAGGGCCAGUACCACCCUAACGAGCAAGAUGUGGCGGAUUGGUUACCCGUCCGAAGAUGAGGCAGCAUUCUAAGGAACCCAGCAAUCUUUAAUUUUCUGUCGAUUCCCCAGCCCAGUAGACAAUCACAAUAAUUUAACGUCAACAGUGUUAUAUUUUCGUGCAUAUGAACCUGUUAUUGUUGCUGCUAAUAUUUUAGUCCCAAUAAAGCAUGUUCGUGGCCCAUUCCACAAA